AUGUUGUUUGUUUCAGCUUUAAUUUCAUUUAUAUUCUUUGCAUUUGCUCUUGCAAAUCAACCUGCAAUCAAUUUUGAUGUUCAAGCUGUGGAAAAGAGAGAUGCUAGUGCCCAAGCUGUUGACUUUUUGCUAUUUGAUGACUUGCAAUUACAAAGAAGGGAUUAUGGUGGGAUUAGUACUGAGACAUAUGACGAGAUUGAUCAAUACUUGAAACAGCUCGUUGCUGCUGUUGGUGCACCAAAUGUUGCAAACUCUAGUGAUUUGUCCAAAAGAGACUCUAACCCAGCUUUGACUGCCGCAUUCACAGCUUUGAACAAGUCUGGUGUUGGUGUGGAAAUUGUUCAUGGUUUAGUUACCAAUAGUCUUUCGCAACCACAAGCAAUCACUGCAAUUGAGCAAUACAUUAAACAAAACACUUUGCCUACAUUGUUAUCUGCUGCUGACAAUUCAGGUUUAGCAGUGUCAAUUGUUAUGAGAUUCUUUAUCAAUUAUUCACUCGUUCCUGGUUUGUGGAACAUCAUUGUGGCACUAUACAAGAAUGGAACCAUCUUCAAGAGAGGAUUAUUGGAUCUCAUUGGUAGCGUCAUUGGAGGUGUUCAACAAUCAAUUUGGGCUUCGUUGAUCAACUUGCUCAGUCUUGUUGCCAACGUUGAAACAGUUUGUGAAUCCUUAAACAAUUCUGGGUUUGGUGUUUCGGUUGUUGAUGACAUUGUUUCCACUUCUGAUGGACAAGCAUUUGCAGUUAAAGCAGCAACUGCAAUCAUCAACGAUUCAAUUAUUACGUUGGACUCGUUGUUCUCAGCUUUGAACCUGACCAGUUUCCUUCAAAACACUUUUACCAAAAUCAUCUCCAACUCAACUUAUAGAAAGAUUAUUUUUAUUUGGGCUGUCAACUUUUUGGUCUCUGCUAUCAAAUACAUCUUUUAA